AAUGAUUCCGCGCAGGUCCUAAAGCGGAAAUGCUCGCGGCGCCGCGGACUGCGUGAUUUUUAUUGUUCAGUUUCUCCUGUUCUUCGUGAAUAAUGCCGUAUGCUAACCAACCCACGGUGAAAAUCACGGAGCUCACCGACGAAAAUGUCAAAUUUGUCAUUGAAAACACGGAUCUGGCAGUUGCUAAUUCUCUCCGUCGAGUCUUCAUGUCAGAAGUUCCCACGAUAGCAAUCGACUGGAUCCAGAUUGACGCCAAUUCGUCCGUCCUCCACGACGAGUUCAUCGCACACAGAGUCGGUCUGAUUCCUCUCACCAGUGAUGACAUUGUGGAUAAAAUGCAGUAUUCCAGGGACUGCACCUGUGAGGACUUCUGUCCAGAGUGUUCUGUAGAGCUGACUCUGGAUGUUCGCUGCACCGAGGAUCAAACUCGCCACGUCACCUCUCGAGAUCUGCUGUCCAACAACCCCAGAGUCAUUCCGGUGACGUCAAGGAGCCGAGACAACGAUCCAAACGACUACGUGGAGCAAGACGAUAUUUUGCUGGUGAAACUCCGUAAAGGUCAGGAGCUCCGGCUCCGAGCUUACGCUAAGAAAGGCUUCGGGAAGGAGCACGCCAAGUGGAACCCCACGGCGGGGGUGUCCUUCGAGUACGACCCGGACAAUGCCCUGAGGCACACCGUCUACCCACGACCAGAGGAGUGGCCGAAGAGCGAAUACUCCGAGAUCGAGGAGGAUGAAGUCCAGGCUCCGUAUGACCCCAACGGGAAGCCAGAGAGGUUUUACUACAACGUGGAGUCGUGCGGCUCUCUGCGACCGGAGACCAUCGUCAUGUCGGCGCUGGCCGUCCUCAAGAAGAAACUGAGCGACCUGCAGACGCAGCUGAGCCACGAGAUCCAGAGUGACGUCCUCACCAUCAACUGAAGCUGCAUUAGCUCUUCCAUCCCUCAGCUCUGCUGCAGGCCAUCAUGUCUGCUUCAACUGAAACGCCACUUCCUGUUUCAGCUGAGGCUCAGAAGUUAAGGAGAUGAUGUACAGAUUCACAGGAUUGUUGUUUUCCCGUUUUAAAAUAAAUGUUGUGAUGACUUUA